UCGAUUGUUCAUGUGCAGACGAAUCUCCAAAGCCUAUUCAGCGUGCCUGGAGAUGGUCUCUGCGAACCGUGUGACAGCUGAUGUGCGAAAAUAUUUGAACUGCCACCUAACGCUGGCGAGUGAGAAGAGGAGAGGGAGGGUGGUGGAGAGAGAACGGGGAACACCUAGGCAGCAGCUCCAGUCUUUCUUCUUUAACCCCACCCACAGUCGCAUUUUUCCGAACACUGCGCUCUUUUACCUGUCGAGGGGAUUCAAAUCUGUGCGUUAAAGGACUAAAACGACAUUAAAGCAACAAGAAAUCUCUGUAAAUACACCCACCCACGCGUCUCUUAACCAGUCGUGGACUAUUGUUUCUUCUGGUUUGAAGAUAAACUACUGCUAUUAAGAGAAGAAAUCCAGAGAAAGGAUAUUUGACUGCCAGCCAAGGACAUGGACUGGAAGACCUUCCAAGCCCUCCUCAGUGGGGUGAACAAAUACUCAACGGCGUUUGGGCGAGUAUGGCUGUCUGUGGUUUUUGUGUUCAGGGUGAUGGUGUACGUGGUGGCAGCAGAGCGAGUGUGGGGCGACGAGCAGAAGGACUUUGACUGCAAUACCAGGCAGCCCGGCUGUGCCAAUGUCUGCUAUGACCACUUCUUCCCCAUCUCCCACAUCCGCCUAUGGGCCCUGCAGCUCAUUUUCGUCACAUGCCCUUCCUUAAUGGUGGUCAUGCAUGUGGCGUACCGUGACGACCGCGAACGCAAGUACCGGGCCAAGCACGGUGAAGAUGCCAAGCUGUACAACAACACGGGCAAGAAACAUGGUGGCUUGUGGUGGACCUACCUGAUCAGCCUCUUCGUAAAGACAGGCAUCGAGGUCUCCUUCCUCUACAUCCUCCACCGAGUGUACAACAGCUUCUACCUGCCAAGGCUGGUCAAGUGUGAGGUGUUUCCUUGUCCCAACCUGGUGGACUGCUACAUCGGGCAUCCCACUGAGAAGAAGGUUUUCACCUACUUCAUGGUUGGUGCUUCGGCCCUCUGCAUCAUCCUGAACAUAUGCGAGAUCAUUUAUCUCAUCUCCAAGCGCAUUGCACGGGUCGCAAACAAGAUCAAGAGGCGAAAUCGCAACAUGGCUGUGCAUCAUGACUUCAGCGACGACCCCUUUAACAACUGCAACGAGCCAGUGUUGAGGCUGGACGUGAAGGAAAGGCCUCCAUCCUUCAAGACUGCAUACAAGUCCUCAUACAGGCCUUCUGCACUCAAACUUGAAGAAAAGGUACGGGCCUCAGCUCCUAACCUCUCCUCUACUUCAUGAUCAAAUGUGAAAUAAGGCCAAAGAUCAGGAGCUCAGCAGUGCUUUGGCUAGAACCCAAUGACAAACGUCAAAAACAGACUCAGAGCUAUGAGCCAAACUGCAGUAUGUGUCAGACCCUGGAAGUUGAGUCAUCAGUACUAGAUCAUCCUUUGGGCCUCAGUGUCCCCAUCUAAGCGUCCUUUGGAGUGCAUGAACAUUGCUUUCCAAGUCAACAUCUGCAAUAUUUACAAGUCAGCUAGAGCAAAACUGAUUUGUUUAUGAUACGAGAGGUUCCAUUUUGAAGACACUAAAGGCCAGUGUGUCUUUUCACCGUCACUGUUUCAACCCUAUUAGAACAUUCCAUCAAAGUUUCACUCUAUUUUUCCUUUUUUUGUAGUUUUGACACAGGAAGGAAAUGAGCCACUGCACAUAAAAAGGCAGGACACACCAGGCAUUGGUAUUCAGCCUCCCUGUUAGUGUCUACAGUGGUAUUUCAGGGUGCUCUGGGGUCACUAAGUGUUACAUGCGCAUUUCAGUGAUCUCUGUUACCUAACUUAGACUCAAAUCACGGCGUCAUAUCAAAGUUUUGAUGUCCUGAUGAUCUCAAGUUCUCAAGACAGGUAAACAAUUCUGCGUUGGAAUGUGGAUGUUCCCAAAGUCAUGGAGAUAUGGCUGAGUAAUACUUGAAGGUGUCUGAGGUGGCCCAAAAUGACUUUUACUGCAUUUAUUCUCUUGGAUAUGAUUCAUUACAGCGACAAAAUGCAUAUAUCAUUAGUAUAUUUCUUCAUGUAAAACAUCUGCAGGCAUAAGCUUGCUCUCAGGUUUAUGCUGCACGUCCAUAUGUUGUAGAUGGACUGCCUGUGCUUUGACAUGUUUGUACACAGCCUCACCUUAUCCAAGACCACUGUUGAUUUAAAUAAGGUGAAAGGAAUGCUGCUGUUUAAUGCUGUGUUGAUAGAGCUGGAACACCAUGGAAGAGGCAGGAGAAGCUUUGACAAACAUAUGGCUCAUUGAACCAUUACGUGAUUUCUGUGAGUCACUAAUUUUCCACUGUGGACAUUGGUUGGAAAUGUAUU